ACUGCUAUAUUGAGGCCUACCAGCAUGUGACAGGACCAGAGGAGAGGUUCUCCUUGGCUCAGGUCAUCACAGACAUCAUGCACAGAAGGCCUCGGCUACACCUGGACAUGGGAGCAGAGUACUUUGUUCAGGCCUACCGGGCAGAGAUGGUCUGCAUGCAGACACACCAGCAACUCAUCAGAGCCGUGCUGGACAACCAAAUAGAUCGUCAGCGGCAAUACCUCCACCAGGUGUGGAGAGGAGGUCAGGGACAGGGAGCUACUCCUUGUGACUAUGGUCUUCCUCCUAACUAUGUGGCCAAACAUCUGGUGUCCCUCGGUGGUGGCAGGCAAGUCCUAGUUCUACCCAUGAAUUAUAGACUGAUCACAGUGUAAUGUGAUAUCACCUCAAAACAGACUAACAUGUUAAAACAGUAUAAAUAAAUAGCUAAUGUAAAAAUGUGUGCGCACACCCCUGCCUGUCUGUCCUCUUGUUACCAGUCCUGCCCUGAUGAAUGUGUUCCUUCUGGAGGUGCACCACUCCCUAAGCCUGGCCUCUGAAUUGUACCAGGCCCUGACCCAGGCUCACACUGAGCUCUGCCAGCUUCACCGUGCCAGGGGGGUGACUGAGAGAGUCACCCUGGAACAGAGACUCCUACAGCGGGCUCUGCAGCACUGGCACUCCAUGGAUCCUCCCGGGGCCUACUAUAGCUCUCAAACUCAAAAGGAUCUGUUUUCAGAUGUUUUCAUGGAGGACCCCUCCCUGGUCCGAGCGGUGGGGGUCUCUCUGAUCAGGUCGGCUGAGGAGCAGGACAUGAAGCAGGGGAAGGAGAAACAGUUAUUUGCUGUGGAAAUCUUCGCCAAGCUGCUGGAGUUAGUUACCAUCCGCCAUCGCCUUAUGGAGUCAGCAGCAGAGACUGCACAUCUGGCACAGUUAUACAAAACACAAGCUCUGGAGCUGGGCUUUGAUGAGUUCCACCUGUAUGUGCGCCCGGAGCAGUUUGAGUUUGCUGUCCAGAGAGACAAGGCAGAGCAUAGACCUCUGUUUGUUACGGCACUACUGCAGGACGACAGCUGUUUGGACAGGUACACUCCAUCUAAGUUUCCACUGAGCAUCCAGGAGCUUGAUGAGAACCAGAUUGGAAAAUUCAGCUUCUACUCUGAAGAGACAGUAGUGCAUGUAAGGUCAACUGAGAGUUUGGGCCUGAUUCAGAGUUGAGAUAAGAGGGCACAAUCUUUUGUGUAAAUCAAUGUCAAGAGAGAGUCCUGCCUUUUUAAUGAAGCAAUAUUAUAGCUGUUACCCAUUAUGAUUCACACUUGAUCUUAUAGGGGUCACCUCAGUCCCGGUCUUCUCUCUCCAGCUCAUGAAUAGGUCAGCCAUAGAGAACCUGCAGGUGACCCUGGCCUGCCAGGUGACUCAGAAGAACGCUCUGAUUGGUGCAGUGAAGCAGGCGUGUCUAUGUUAUUGGUCAGAGACUUUCA